GCCGGAAGUGACGAUUGCGCUCGCUGGGGACCCCGGAAGUGGCUGCUAGGGGGAAUUACUGCGGACUCUGACUCUUGGCUUGCUAUGGGUUGCGACGGAGGCACAAUCCCCAAGAGGCACGAGCUGGUGAAGGGGCCGAAGAAGGUUGAGAAGGUUGACAAAGAUGCUGAAUUAGUGGCCCAGUGGAACUAUUGUACUUUAAGUCAAGAAAUAUUAAGGAGGCCAAUAGUUGCUUGUGAACUUGGCAGACUUUACAACAAAGAUGCCGUCAUUGAGUUUUUAUUGGACAAAUCUUCUGAAAAGGCUCUUGGGAAGGCAGCAUCUCAUAUUAAAAGCAUUAAGAAUGUGACAGAACUAAGGCUUUCCGAUAAUCCUGCCUGGGAAGGAGACAAAGGAAGCACCAAAGGUGACAAACACGAUGACCUCCAGCGGGCACGUUUCAUCUGCCCUGUCGUGGGCUUGGAGAUGAAUGGCCGACACAGGUUUUGCUACCUGCGGUGCUGUGGUUGCGUGUUUUCGGAACGAGCCCUGAAGGAGAUAAAAGCAGAAGUUUGUCACACACCUGGAAGAAAGCAGUGGAAGAAAUCACUGAGAAAAGGAUGGGCGAGCUGCCCACAGGCACCUUUCUACUCCCACCGCUCUACGAAAAUGCCGAAUGAAACCAGCCGUGCUGGAGAAGCCGUGGUAAUGAAUGGGCAAAGGAGGACACCCCGAGGCUCUGCGCAGAUCUCCGCAGCCAGGGCUUGGGGCAGGCAGUCCCUGCAGAGGGGCCGUCCCUGCUCCCCUCGGCCUCCCUGCGGUGAUGCCCCCCGAACAAGCACCUGUUCUUCAGAGGCAGCCCUGGCCAGACCGGACGCCCCUUUCCUUUUUCCGUGCGGGGCCGCCUUCCAGGAGGACGAUGUCAUCGUGCUCAACGGCACCAAGGAGGAUGUGGAGAUGCUGCAGACGAGGAUGGAGGAGCGGCGGCUGCGAGCCAAGCUGGGGAAGAAAACAAAGAAACCCAAGGCAGCAGAGUCUGUCUCAAAAUCAGACGUCAGUGAAGAAGCCCCAGGACCAUCAAAAAUGAAGGCAGGGAAGCCUGAAGAAACCAGCCUUGAUUCUCGAGAGAAGAAAACCAGCUCGGCUCCCAGAAGUGCAGCAGCACAUGGGAGCUCUUCUGGAAAAGUCGGGAAGCCUCUGUGUGGAGCCCCAAAGAGGUCCAUCGCGGACAGCGGAGAGUCGGAAGCUUACAAGUCCCUUUUCACGACCCACAGCUCCGCCAAGCGCUCCAAGGAGGAGUCGGCCCACUGGGUCACCCACACGUCCUACUGCUUCUGAAGCCCGCCCGCCGCCCCCAAGCCCUGUGCUGGCGGCUCUGUCUGCUCGGUUGCAGAGUCACGCCCCCUAAAGCUUGGAGCCGGCGGGGACUCGGGGACCUGUAGGCCCCUGCCCUCGCCUCCCUGGGGCCCGUGCUCGCCUCCGCCUGCCGGGCACUUGGGCCUUCCCACGGCCCCGAGAGCGUGUUGGCUGCACUGUUUGUGCUUAAAGUAAUUAAAGAUUCCAGAUUCCUCA